AUGGAUGGACCAAGAACAAAAAAGUCUGGGGAAGGGGAUCGGCCUUGUGCCGGGGUAAGUCAGUCAAGUCAACCAACAUCUUUGCAAACGCCAUGUCGAAGACUGCUUGCUAUCCAUCACUACCUACUAGGUAGGUAUUGGAACUCAGCGCCCAGCCCUCUUUCUCUCUUGGCACGGAACACAGGCACAGUUUCAGCCCGUGUUUACUUGCUCGCUCCCUCGAGCAAUUCUGUGUGUUGCAACGGCACCAAACCCAGUUCGUAUCCCCCCAAGUGCCAUCACCACAGUCACGCUGCACGCUAA